GUCGGCGCCACCACCGGCGUCGCGCUCCUCGAGGGCGGCCGCGGCGUCAACAAGUGGGUCCUCGGCAAGACCGCCUUCGGCUGGAUCAUCACCCUCAUCAUCGCCGGCAUCCUCGCCGGCAUCCUCACCGGCCAGGGCAUCCGCGCGCCCCUCGGCGGCGCCAUCAACAUCGCCGGCUGCUCGCCCAAAGUGUGGACCGACGACCACCCGUCCGAAUGGUGCGACACGACCGACCCCACCUGCGACUACGAGGGCACGCUCCCCGACCCCAACUGCUACAUCGACUCGCCGCAGUACAUCUUCCUCGACCGCGAGUGCCCCACCUUCAUCGCGAACGGCCCCCCAGCGCCGCCGCCGCCGCCGCCGCUGUCGUAA